AUGCUGGAGCUGGAAGGCAACAAGCAAGCUGCUGUUAGCGAGAAAGUCGACCAGCAAAACCAACGAGAACGGCAGCUCUUUGCUGGUCAGCAGAGCGGAGAUGCCGGCUGUCAGGUCGUUAUUAUUCUGCUGCCGUCGUUGCUCGAUGGGAUGGCGAUGUUGAUGUUGACGUUGACGUUGGAAGUCAGCGAGCGACGAGAGUGGACGGGGCCCGGUGGUGGAGCGUCACCUGCUCUGCUUCCCAACCACGGUGAGCUGCUCGAACGACCAGCAUCCAACGUCCUCGCCAGCAUCACCUCGACACAUCACCCAGCGCAGUUGCAGCUAUCACCCGGCCAUGCCCUCACGGCCAUCCUCUGCACUUCUGUCUCACCCUGCUAG